UCCCGGACGACUCCGGAGGCCCCGACGGUCCGGCUGCCCCAGCUGCAGGGCCGGGCCCCGCCCCUCCCCCUGGCGGCGGCGGCCGUGUUGUUGUGGCGGUGGCGGCGGCGGAGCUGGCUGAGUCCUAGCGCCUGACCCAGCGCGCCGCUGCGGAGGGGCCGCUCCGACCGCCUCGCCGCAGGAUUAAUUUAUUUUUGGAAAUCAAGUGCAAUAUUAAAAGGAAAACAAACCACACUACAUUAUUGGAAGCCAUUUCUGCUAAUUGUAAUACAUUUUAAAAUUUAUGAUUUGAUUUGAAUACUAUCAUGGGAGGAGCUGUGAGUGCUGGGGAAGAUAAUGAUGACUUAAUUGAUAACUUAAAAGAAGCUCAGUAUAUCCGCACUGAAAGAGUGGAGCAAGCCUUCAGAGCGAUUGAUCGCGGAGAUUACUAUUUGGAAGGCUACCGAGACAAUGCUUACAAAGAUUUAGCCUGGAAGCAUGGGAACAUACACUUGUCAGCACCUUGCAUUUAUUCUGAAGUUAUGGAAGCAUUGAAACUUCAACCAGGAUUGUCUUUUCUUAACCUGGGAAGUGGAACCGGAUAUUUAAGUACAAUGGUGGGCUUAAUUUUAGGUCCUUUUGGAAUAAAUCAUGGGAUUGAGCUUCAUUCAGAUGUGGUGGAAUAUGCCAAGGAAAAACUGGAGAGCUUCAUCAAAAAUAGUGAUAGCUUUGAUAAAUUUGAGUUCUGUGAACCUGCAUUUGUGGUUGGUAAUUGCCUCCAGAUAGCAUCUGACAGUCAUCAGUAUGAUCGAAUUUACUGUGGAGCUGGAGUCCAGAAAGACCAUGAGAACUACAUGAAAAUAUUACUAAAAGUGGGAGGCAUUCUAGUCAUGCCCAUAGAAGAUCAGUUAACACAAAUUAUGCGAACUGGACAAAACACUUGGGAAAGUAAAAAUAUCCUUGCUGUUUCAUUUGCUCCACUUGUGCAACCAAGUAAGAAUGAUAAUGGGAAACCAGAUUCUGUGGGACUCCCCCCCUGUGCUGUCAGGAAUCUCCAGGACUUGGCUCGUAUUUACAUUCGACGCACACUUAGAAAUUUCAUAAAUGACGAGAUGCAGGCCAAGGGGAUUCCUCAGAGGGCUCCCCCCAAAAGGAAAAGAAAGAGAGUUAAACAGAGAAUUAACACUUACGUAUUCGUGGGUAAUCAGCUUAUUCCUCAGCCUCUAGACAGUGAGGAGGAUGAAAAAAUGGAAGAAGAUAACAAAGAAGAGGAGGAGAAAGAUCACAGUGAAGCCGUCAAGCCAGAGGAGCCACCUCAGAAUUCACUGAGAGAAAAAAUCAUGAAGCUCCCCCUUCCUGAAUCUUUAAAAGCUUACUUGACAUAUUUUAGAGAAAAAUAACUUAGAUCAAGAAGAAAGAAUGCCUACUGAUAAUUCCUUUAGUCUUGAAAAUGUAGCAUUUGUUAGGAGUUAAAAGAGAGAAUUCUUUCUUUCAUCAGAGCAAACUAUAGUGGAAAAAAGUAUAACUUGUUUCUGUCUUAAUAAUAAAAAUGAUGUAUUCAGUGAUUAAAAAGAAUCCCUUUUAUAAAAUAUAUUUUUCUUUAAAUCUUAGAAAAAUUACUGUUUUAAGUCAGAGUGACUCCAAGAGUGGAAUGCAACAAUAGUCAAGACUGUACUGUAAAUCCUUUUCUGAUUCCUUGCAGAUUUGUAGUAGUGAGGGUUAGAUUUAAUUUUAUAGAAGGUUAAAUAACUGUUUAACAUAUAUAAUCUGAUUUGAAUCGCAGCUGUUUGCAUAUCUUCUAUGGAAACUUUCUUAUCUAGUAAGGAAAUCAAAUGCUGUGUAGACCCACUUUUGUUGCAGUCACUAUUGCUGAGUUGCUAUAGAUGUAUUCCGGGCAAUAUAUGAGUGCAAUAACAAUACAGAUAUUGAAUAAUUUAGCUUUAAAAAAAGUUUCAUGGAAUUCAACAGCACUGCUACUUUUGCUUUUGAAUCUAUUGCCAAAAGACAUGAGGAAAAGAUCUGCUUCUCUCAUAGAGAUUUUAAGAGCACAUCAAGUGAAUAUUGAAGUAAGAAGUAUAUACUUAAUACAACUCUUAAUUUGUAUGGACCCUUUACAUUUUCAGUAUUUAAAAAUAAUGAGGUUAUCUUACUCUCUGGUGUUGUAGAAGACAGUUUUUUCUAGAUUCUAAAAUGUUGGCUUUAAAAAAAAAUCCGUCGUCCUAUACGACUAUUGACAGCACAGACAGCGAGUGAAUAAGCCUGAGUGACGGCCAGAGCAGAUUUGGAUAAUGGGUACACUUCAGCAGACAGAACUUUUUGUUCAUCUGAAUAUUUUGUCUUUGACAAGGCAGGGCUGAGCUAGCCUACACUUGCUUUGCAAUUCAUCUUUGUAGUAUAGGAAAUAUUCACAGACAUUGUAUGUAGAUGCCAUUUGCUUUGAAAAUGCAGUUCAGAAUCAUAGUGUAAUCUUUGGGACCUACGUUGUGCUCAUUUAACUUCUUCCCAUGUGUUUUUUUUUGUUUCUUUGGGUAGAAUUAUAAUAAUUUUUAUUUUUCGCUUAAUAUCAUGUACUUAAACUAUCCAUCAUUUGAAUGUUAGUUAUAGCUUAUCAGUGAUAAAACAGGUAGUAAAUGGCAUUAUUGGUUUGUUUCUUUUCUUUCUACUAGGGCCUGAAAACAGUCAUUCCUUGUUAAGAAAGUCUACAGUAUAAGAUAUUUACUACUUAGUGUUACAUGGAUUAUAUAUUUUUGAAAAGGACAAAUUUGAAAGUAUCACUUAUUACCACCAGCAUCACUAUUAAAUAGUUGAUCAAAUAUGCUUAAGGCAACCCAAUCAAGGUAUAGGGAAAGGAUUGUUAUCUCUCUGCAAAGAUUCAACUAUUAGUAAUAUAUAGAUGGUUUCAAAAAUCUCAGCUCUGGUAAUUCCACACAUCUAAAAGCAAGUGCUUAAAAUAUUCUAAACAUGAAUUAUUCCAAGUAAAUAAGGAUAUUUUAGUAGUGCGAAAGAUAAUUUCAUGAAAGAUAUUUGUUUUAUACCAGUGAUUGG